GCUUAUCGUGUUGGGUACACAGUGAAGGGUAUAAAACCCCUCUCUCUCGCUCUGCUUCUCUACAGUUCAUUUCCUCUGGGAAUUCUGAGGUCCGUGGUCGUCAUGUUUGUCUGUAAGGUGACUGUGGGUCUUCUGGCCCUGCUGGUGGUCUGCUCUGUCAGAGCUGAGGAUGAGGUGAGAUACAAUCAUGCAUCUGAGCUGUCUGCGGGAGAGCUGAUAGAGAGAGCCAACAGAGACAUCAUUCGUGAGCCUGAUGAGCCUGAGCUGAUUGGAGACAUUGCUAUUGAUAAUGAGAGGAACGCUGAUCCCUGCACCUCCCGCGGCUGCAUGUGGCCCAAGUCCAGUGACGGCAAAGUCUACGUGCCCUAUGUCAUCUCCAACCAGUUCGCCUCCAGGGAGCUGCAGGUGAUCCAGCGUGGUUUGGACUCUUUCUCUUCCAUGUCCUGCAUCCGCUUCAAGCGCCGCUCCAACGAGAGGGAUUACAUCAGCAUUGAGUCUCGCAGCGGAUGCUACUCCUACAUUGGACGCCUUGGCAAUGCCCAGACCGUCUCUCUGGAUCGCAAUGGCUGCAUCUACCACAACACCGUCCAGCACGAGCUGCUCCACGCUCUGGGCUUCAACCACGAGCAGACCCGCAGUGACCGCGACAACCACAUCCGUGUCGUCUGGGAGAACAUCAUUGACAGCAUGAAGCACAACUUCAACAAGAUCGCCACCCUGAACCAGGGAACUCCCUACGACUACAACUCCGUCAUGCAGUACCACAGAACUGCUUUCUCUAAGAACGGUCAGCCCACCAUGGUCCCCAUCCCCAACUCCAACGUGUCUUUCGGCCAGGCUUCUCAGAUGAGCCAAAACGACAUCAAUAGACUCAACAGACUCUACAAAUGCUAGAUGAGUGCUGAGUGCUGCAGAAAGAUGGUAAAGGUAUCGGACCCCCUGACCCCUUAAACUCUUCUGGGACAGGACGGCAGUUUGAAUCAAUGUAAUUUAGUAGUUUAAACAAUAAAAUCAGUUAACUUGA